AUGUUGCCGUUGGAUGCACAAACCUCUUUACCGACAGGCCCUUUGCGUCGGCGUAGGCGACCUGGCCUGAAGUUCGUGGUCUCCCCAAUCUGCUUGAACUUGACUCAUUCUUUGGCUCCAACACCGCCCAGUGCCGCAGGCGAAAGUCGUUUCGCUGAUUUUCCACUCUCUGACGCAAUCCCGAAGUAUCCAGAUUUGUCCACACUUUUGCAUGCCUCUCCACUCCCAAACUGCCCUCCUGACUGUCGACGUCGGGCUGGUUUGCACCCAGUGGUAUUUGUGGCUGCUUCCCUCAACCCUGUGCACACGCGCGGAUGCCUAAAAUUAAGUCUCCUCCGCUUGUACCUGCCUUCAGACAGUUGUCAGGACAGGCUACCCAUGCGGGGUCUGAAUCCGACCUUUGUUUGUUGCGAUUACCCAGCGCCUGGGGUGUGUCUGGGCGGGGUGGGGCAAAACGACCUGCCGCCGGAGUCCGAGGUCUUGAGGGCGUAUGUUAAAACAGUGAAGGGCCAGUGGAGAGUAGUCGAUCCAGCCUACACAACCAUCCUGAGAAGAGUGGCAACUAGCAUUUCAUCUUUAUCUUGUUGGCCUGUUGACCGUAUGUUUGCCCUGCUGGCCUUAGGCGGCACCUCAGAGAGGGCAGUGGAAAUGUCUAUUGCCAUGGGAAUUCGACUACUACUGUUAUCAGUGGUACCACUUGAACCGACAUUAGACGGAGUCAUUAGAGUAUUGGUGUUGGUGCUGGUGUUGGUAUUGGAAGAAAUCGUCUACUCUUUACACAUGCUCCAUUCAUCUUCCACUGCAAGUUUGAUCAUGUUUGCUGCUGUUCGUUUUUUCUGCUGCUCCUCCAGAGCAUACCGUUGCCCCGGUUGUUUCAUGGUACGGCUGCCGAAAGUAUCAAUGACUCUCUUUUUCUGUCGGUCGGUGAUUUUCCAGCCAUUAUACUUGAUCUGUCCAUCUUAA